CAGUGCCCGGGGGGGUGGGGCAAGGAGAAGCUUUUGUCCUCCACUCGGAGUGGAGUGGGCCGUGGUGUUUCUUUCUCUGUGGGUCGCUGUGGGGUGUUUCCUGCCACCAUGACGGAUCAGCAGGCAGAAGCCAGGUCCUACCUCAGCGAGGAAAUGAUUGCGGAGUUCAAGGCCGCCUUCGACCUGUUCGACGCGGAUGGCGGCGGCGACAUCAGCACCAAGGAGCUGGGCACCGUCAUGAGGAUGCUGGGCCAGACGCCCACCAAGGAGGAGCUGGACGCCAUCAUCGAGGAGGUGGACGAGGACGGCAGCGGAACCAUCGACUUCGAGGAGUUCCUGGUCAUGAUGGUGCGGCAGAUGAAGGAGGACGCCAAGGGCAAGUCGGAGGAGGAGCUCUCCGAGUGCUUCCGCAUCUUCGACAGGAAUGCUGAUGGCUACCUGGAUGCAGAAGAGCUGGUGGAGAUCUUCCGGGCAUCUGGUGAGCAUGUCACCGAGGACGAGAUUGCAGAGCUGAUGAGGGACGGCGACAAAAACAACGAUGGGCGGAUUGACUUUGACGAGUUCCUGAAGAUGAUGGAAGGUGUGCAGUGAAGCGACUUGGACAUUACUGCAAAGUUGGUGGCCGCCGCCAGCAGCCAAGCUUCCUGCUCUUGCCUCUGCUCCAGCCAUCAACCCUUGCGCCUGGCCCUAGAGCGACCCCGACUCCUUCCAUCCUGCUGCUCCACAGCCGAGAGACUCCUUCCCAGCUAAACUCCGUGGGUGGCCACCGACCCCAAACUUGUGAAGUUCUAUUGAUAACGCUGAAACUUCAAUAAAGAGCAAAGGACUGGAACUGA